AUGCAGGUCUUUCUAGCUGUUUGUGUUCUUUGUCAUCUGUGGAGCGGGCAUAGUAAAACUGUCAAGAAAGAGCAAUUACCCGUUACUAUUCAAAAUUUUAAUUUCACAAAACGGCCGCUCAAUCUCUACAUUCCGGCCAAUGCCGUUCACGUCAAGGUCGAGGAGAGGAGGGCGAAUGGCGCUACGUAGGUCAUAAAUUAUAUUAUAGUUGAAGAUUUGAUGGUAUAUUUAUAUAUAAUGCGUAUUGUUUAAUAAAAACAAGUUUAAAGUUAAAAAUAUUUUAGAAAUCUAACUAACUAUUUUAAGUGUCAGUUUAGGUAUUUUUACGCAGAACCGCCGUUUCUAAUCAAAAGAAGAGGUAACGUACUGGUUCUUCAUGAUUUAAUGGACAACAACUACUUCAACGGCAGACCUAGUAUCAUUCAACAAAUAGCAGCCUCAGGCCAUUUUUGUUAUUUUGUCACUUACAAUGACGCUCAUAACAUACUACCAUCUUUUAACUCUACAAACGCUAUAGUAAUGUUAGAAUCACCUAGCGACAAGUACAAGUCUGACAUUACUAAUGUUGUAAAAGAUGUAAAUCUUGAUGGUAUUGUCUCCAUUUCCCCCAAAGAUAAUAUGGACAUCACUCCUACCCCAACCGUAAUAUUGAACGAAGAAAGUCAAGGCUAUAACAUUAACAUAGCCACCUUCCAAGAGAUAGUGAAGAAACCGAUCGAUAAUCGAAUUGUCAUGCAAGUGCUGGCCAACUUCCUAGACUUUGUUCAUCCUCGCUAG